AUGACUUCUAUAAGUAGUGAACAAGGUGAAUGGUAUACAGUUUCUUGUGGCAAUUGUACAUUUACAUUACCUGGACGUUAUCAAAAUUUAGUUGUUAUUGGACAAGGAACUUAUGGUAUUGUACUUCGUGCCAUCGAUAUUGCAACAGGUAAAUAUGUAGCUAUUAAAAAACUUCUUCGUCCAUUUCAAACUCAUAUACAUGCAAAACGAACCUAUCGAGAACUUAAACUACUUAUGUAUCUCAAUCAUCCUGAUGCACAAUUUAUUCAUUCAGCUGGUGUUCUCCAUCGUGAUUUAAAACCAAUGAACAUCGGAAUCGAUGGAAAUAGCAAUGUUACAAUUCUUGAUUUUGGAUUAGCUCGUGUCGCAUCAACCAAUCCUCCUACCGCUUAUGUUUCUACCAGAUGGUGGCGUGCACCCGAAAUAUAUCUCAAUGAGACAAAAUAUGAUGAAAAAGUUGAUAUUUGGUCUGUUGGUUGUAUAAUGGCUGAACUAAUUCUACUUACACCACUUUUUCCUGGAAAAGAUACAAUUGAUCAGUUAAAUAAAAUAUUUGACAUUACCGGUACACCCGAUUCAUCAACAUUACAAGAGAUAUGUGCACCAGGUUCGUAUAAAAAAUAA